AUGGAUGGUAUGUGUUGGGAUACCUCACAACUUGCAGCAAACACACCAAUCCUGUGGAGUACUAUUCAGCCACCACCAGACUUUGAAAGAGGCUACUCCAUCCCCAAUGUUCUCAAUCAAAUACAAGAGAUGCAGAAAGUUCAAACAGGUCAUGCAAACUCAAAUUCUGAAAGAGUGAUUUAUCAGUCAGCGGCUGCUACGACCACUUCUUCAGAGAUAAUGGAUGUGAUGCAAAAGCAAAACACAAAUCUUUCACAGCAUGCACCAACCAUGAUGCCAGCGAAAUCAGGAGCUGGAUUCAGUUGGGGAGAAGCUUUGACAUCUCAAUCAUACCCGUCUCAAUCAGUCAAUGGACCUCAAAGUAUGAACCUGAUUAGCAACCACAUGCCAGAUUUCAACAUGGUCCACCACCACCAACAGCAACAACAACUAGUCAAUUCACAAAACGGGAACGGUGCUUGCUCUCUUGAGUCUUUUGAGUGCUUGAUUUCAGCUACCAACAGCAACACAGACAUGUCUGUUGAAGAUGAUGGGAUCUCAAUGAUUUUACCCGACUGUAGAAACUUCUGGAACUUCAGUUAUGGCAGUGCAGCUUCCACUGGAGAAUCUCAGAGUAAUGCUUCCAAUGGUAGAAACAAAGACAUGAAGUGUUCAGCCAAUGAAGUUGAUGAAACAGUUUCUCAAAGCUCCUUGGAUAGAGGAAAAACAGUACAAUCAAAGGCUAAUUGUUCGAAGAGGGGCCAUGAGGAAGCUGAAAUGAUCAAAGUUGGUGCCACCUGCAGUGAUACCUGCUUUAGUAUCAUUCAGAAUUCUUCUUCUAUUGAAGAAGGUGGAUUCAGACUUAUCUCAGAUGAUCCAUCUAAAAGCAAGAAACCCAGAUGGGACAUGAGUUCAGCUUCAAAUAAUAUCAACUUCCAGCAACCAAAUUCAUCCAUGUCUUCAUCCAUUGAGGAACCUGAUCCAGAAGCCAUUGCACAAAUGAAGGAAAUGAUAUAUAGGGCUGCGGCUUUUAGGCCUGUGAACUUUGGCUUGGAUGCAGUUGAAAAGCCAAAGAGGAAGAAUGUGAGGAUAUCAACUGAUCCACAAACUGUAGCUGCAAGGCAUAGAAGGGAGAGAAUAAGUGAGAAGAUUAGGGUUUUGCAGAAGCUAGUGCCAGGGGGGGGCAAGAUGGACACGGCAUCAAUGCUUGAGGAGGCUGCAAACUACCUCAAGUUUCUCAGGUCACAGGUCAAGGCACUGGAAUGUCUUGGAAACAAAGUUGAUGCAAUGAAUUGUCCUCCUACAAGCAUUGCCUUCUCUUUCAACCCUUCUUUUCCCAUGCAAACAUCUCUCAGUCACAUCCAUCAUUCCCAGAGUUGA